AUGUCCUCCGCACCGAAGAAGUCCGAUGAGGCGGUUGACGAGGAUGCCACUGAAAUGCGAUUUCCUAAAGAGUUCGAGUCACGAAAUUGUAAUGCACUAUUAACGUCGGAAGUCUUGUUGGUACUGGAACAGCGACGAAAGGAGAAUGAAGCAAAGGACGAGAUUGACACCACGAGCGAAGUCUUCGUUAAGACUCUCGAAUAUGCGCGUCGUUUUUCUCAGUUCAAAACCCGCGAAUCAAUCAAAGCUGCACGCGCCAUAUUCUCUCAGAAACCGCUCCACAAGUUUGAAGUGGCUCAAAUCAUCAACCUAUGUCCCGAAACAGCUGAGGAAGCCAAGGCACUCAUUCCUUCACUGGAAAAUAAACUUGAAGACGAUGAUCUUGCCGAAAUCCUAAAGGAUUUGCACACGAAGAAGACUUUUCAGUAG